AAAAGGUUUUUUGAACAAAGCCUCUAAUUUCUGUAAAAAUGUUAGCAUUAGCCCUUUGUUUAUCGUACUGAGGUAAAACUUAAAUGAUGCAGGAAGUAGCUCAAGAGAAGAAUUAUCUUGCUAAAAAGCUGAGGAUCACCGAAGCUGAUAAGAACAGCCUCGUUGAAGAAUUGAGAACAGAAGUUGAAGCUCAAAAAGCAGAACAACAGUCACUUUCAAAUGAAGUCCAGAUGUUGAAGCAAGAACUUAAGCAGAUCAAAAGAGAGAAACAGGACAAGGAAGAGGAAAUUGGACGCUGUAAGAACUAUAAUGAUGAGCUGGAAGUGAAGUUGAAUAGUUUGCAGGCAGUAGCUCAAGAGAAGAAUGAUCUUGCUAAAAAGCUGAGGAAGACUGAAGCUGAUAAGAACAGAUUCGUCGAAGAAUUGAGAACAGAAGUUGAAGCUCAAAAAGCAGAACAACAGUCACUUUCAAAUGAAGUGCAGACGUUGAAGCAAGAACUUAGGCAGAUCAAAAGAGAGAAACAGGAGAAGGAAGAGGAGCUUGGACGCUGUAAGAACUAUAAUGAUGAGCUGGAAGUGAAAUUGAAUAGUUUGCAGGUCUGUUUCUUCUUACUUUCUCUGGGUCUUAGUUAUGAUAAUGGUUCUUUCUACCAUAAAUCUAAAACUUCACAUUCAGUUCAAUUUUGUUUUGCAUCUGACCUGGUUGUCCUUGCUAAAGUAUCUUCGCAGAAGGACAAAAGCCUCUAUUGGCUGUAA